GACACGAACAGCCUGCUGAACUUAUCUUAAAGUUCCUUCUUUUCCCACCGUCUCAUUGUCUUCAUUCAGAUGGACGACAUCAACGUACUACACCACAGAUGCCUCCUGAAUUUGAGGCGCCGAAUCAGAGAUAUUGGGGAUGGACGUCCAGCACAGGAACGAUACAUGAGAUUGCAGAAGGAUGGAGACACACUCAGUUACCAAGGGAACUCUGAAGAGGUGGGUUGCUAUGUGGCUGGCCAUCCUUUAUCAAAGGGAAAUUGCUACUUUGAGGUGACAAUAGUGGACACAGGGGUGAGGGGGACCAUUGCUGUGGGCCUGGUGCCUAAAUUCUACAGGCUGGACCACCAGCCUGGCUGGCUGCCAUACUCUGUAGCUUACCACGCUGACAACGGCAAGUUAUACAAUGGCAACCCUGUGGGACAGCAGUUUGGGCCAAAGUGUGCUCGUGGUGACCGUAUAGGCUGUGGAAUACACUCAGAAAAUAUUGAAGCAGGCUUUACAACAGUCUUUUUCACCAAAAAUGGCAAAGAGGUUGGUUCGGUGGAGGUUCCCGUGUCUGCAGAGGGUCUGUUCCCCGCCGUGGGGAUGCACUCCAUGGGCGAGGAGGUGAAGGUUGACCUGCAGGCUGAGUGGCUCCUGGAGGAAGAUGAUAGUAUGAUGAUGGUGGACAGCCAUGAAGAUGACUGGGGGCGACUUUAUGACGUCAGGGUGAGCGGCACGCUCUUGGAGUAUGUUGGCAAAGGAAAAAGCAUCAUGGACGUGGGUUUGGCCCAAGCCCGCCAGCCACUCACCACCCGCUGCCACUACUAUGAAUUAGAGAUCGUUGAUGCUGGGGAGAAGUGCUACAUUGCCCUGGGCCUGGCAAGAAGGGACUACCCCAGGAACAGACACCCAGGGUGGAGCCGAGGGUCGGUGGCGUACCACGCAGAUGAUGGGAAGAUCUUUCACGGCAGCGGGGUUGGAGACGCUUUUGGUCCUCGCUGCUUUAAAGGUGACAUCAUGGGCUGCGGCAUCAUGUUCCCACGAGACUACAUCCUGGAAGGAGAAGGUGACGUGGACGACUGGGAUCGACUGGAGGUGCGUCCAGGUCACGCAGGUGUCCAGAACGUUCUGUACCUCAACGACGAAGAGGAGGAGGAAGAAGAUGGGGAAGAGGUAGAGCAGGGACAGGAGGGCAGGAAGGUCACGGUGUUCUUCACGAGGAACGGGAAGCUGAUGGGCCGGAGGGAGAUGGCGGUCCCUCCCGGCGGCCUCUACCCCACCGUGGGGAUGCUGAGCAGCGGAGAGAAGGUGAAGGUGGAUCUGCAUCCCCUCAGCGGGUGAGCUGGGAGCGCGGUACCGAAACCUCGUGGACGCCCUGCAAACAGCUGGCUGCGCUGUAGAGCUCACCCACGGUAGCCUAGCAUGCUGCUAACACUCGCCAGAACACACUCAGUUCAGCUGCACACGUGCACGUCGCCGUCGUCUUCCUCGACACUGCCUCAGCUUUAAUUUAUAAGACUUUGUACAUUUCACCAGAAACGACCAGAGCGGAGGGGGGAGAGGGGUCCUACGUUUUGGGGGGCCGCGUAGGUUACAGCAUGUACAAAGUGCACCCUGAAGCUAAAACUGUAAGAUAUUUAACUGUUAAUUCUAUGCAAUGGAUCUGUACUGCUAUCAUCCUCUCACAUCUUAACCUCCUCCUGCAUGCGAGCGUGUCUCUGAAACUCUGAGCUGUUAAAUCCCUCUCAUGAGGUCUGGCACACUCACUUUAUUUCAUUUGUCACGACCCCAAGCAAAGCAGAGCGAGGCCAACAGUUGUGCCGAGUCAGAGCUCGUUGGCGGUUUAUGUUUCAGGGAAUACACCCUCCCUCCCUCUCUCUCUCUUUUUUUCCUCUCUCUUUCUCUUUUGGUCUCUCACACAGUCUUUCUCAACCUCCCUCUCCCUGUCCCUCUCUCUGGGUGAGGCUGCCCUCCUGUGAGCGAUCAGGGACCUGCUGUUGCCCCACCUCGCUCGCUCUGCUCUCCCGGAGCUGGCUGGAAGUGAACAGUGGGCCUGUUGCGAUAUUUCAGAAAUGCAUCCACGCUCUUCUUGCACGAGCAUUAUUAUUAUUGCAGGUUUUUGUUUCUGAGAGUGGAUGAAUUGAGUGUUUUAUAGUUUCACGUUGGAGCCAGACUACGAAUAAAAAACAGGUAUAUUUUCUACAGAGGAUCUGGUAAACACACACACUCAAAUGUAUCUUCUGCAUCAAAAGUUCAGGGAUUGUUUUGUUUGUGCACUUUGAGGACAUGAGAUAGUCACAUGGAAGGGAGGCUGGGGGAGACAUUUAGGGCGGACGUGCAUUCAGUGGGUGGACAAAAUAAAGAAACACCUUCCAGUAUAAAGCAAUCUGAUGCAACACCACAAUCUACAGCCAUAAAAAUAACCACAGAGUUAAAUAAACACCUCUGAGAGCAAAAUGUAACUUUGCAAACCUCACACAGAAGUAUCAGUUGCAGGUCUGUUGGAUUGCAUCAUACUGUAAAGUGUUAUUCUGUGUUUGAAUUCUCCUUUCACUCACUGAGCAUGUUUCCCCUUCGACAUGAAGGAUCAUUUCCCGUCUGUUUCCUCCUUUUUAACCAGAACGUUUUGAUGCAGUUUUAAAAAAACCUGCUUGAAUCCUCUGUUUUGCCUUUGUAGUCAGAAGAUAACUUCCUCUCUGUGUUGUAGAAUUAACUGCUAGAUGUUUUUUGUUUCUGAAGAUGAAGACAAUGUUUGGUUGCUGCGCGUGCUGCAUGUUUAAAGAUAUCUUUAGUGAUGUGUUUGUGUGUCUGCACAGCGUAGGACAGCUGCAGCAGGAGCCUGCAUCACAAAGUGCAGAGUGAGCCGUCGGUCGUCUUUGGGCUCGAGUCCGGCUCACUUUUAAACCGGGUUAGAUCGCCGUUGUUACCUAUGCAGGGCAACAUCGUGGAUCGUUUACCUAUAUAAUUAUGUCAAUGAUCGAAGAAACAUUUUUUGACUUUAAUCAUCGAUUAAUCUGCUUUGUACUGUAUUGUCUUUAUUGAUUCAUUGUUUUUUGUCUUUAAAAUGUUAGAAAAUUGUAAAAAAAAAAAAAAAAAACCACCAUCACAAAAACCCUAAAACCUAAGUUAAUGUCUUCAUACUAGCGGUGUGCGUCUCUCCCUUCUAAGAGAAUCUGAUACGUAUCCAGAUACACGGCGCUACGAUACGAUUCGGGGACAAUUCAGUGGGAUUUGACUCCCAUCUUAAUUUUAUCCUCUCUGUGGACGACCUGAAGCCACAGAUCUCCUCUUUUACUGUCCUUCACUCUCUGGGGAAGUAAAUAAAAUCAAAGCUUUUAAGAGUUUACAGCACUCGUUUCAACCAACUACAGCAGUGAAAAUCUUGCUUUUACAUUAAUAUUACACAUAUAUAUGAUAGUAGAACAGAAACGGGACAUUUCACUGCGCUUUAGUACUUUUAACAGAACAUUUCUCCUGAUUACACUCAGGAUGAAGGAUCUUAACACACAGAGCUUUGUGAUUCAGGCUCCAGAAAUAAAAACAAUCCGUGCUGGUGAAUGAGAAAAUACUGUUAUUGUGUCAGUGGGAGCUGGUUUCCACACAAAUAUUAAGAAUGGUGUUUUUAUUGUAUGUGUGUGUUUGAUUAAAGGGAAUGAUGAUAUCAACAUUAUUCUAAUGUAUAAAUCCGUUAAACAACCUCUGCAUCUGCUCACAUCUGUAUUAGUCCAUUACAGCAGCUGUGUACAUUCCUCUGCGCCUCCCUGUGAGUCGCAUACAGCAGGUUUCUCUGUCACUCAUUCAUUACACUAGAACACUGCAGACCGUAAUGCUAGACAUAUAACGUGAUGUAUAAUUACUACACAGGGUUAACUAUUAAAAUCACGUAUCUGCUGGAGAUCGUACGUUUGUUUUUAGCUGUCGUCUGUUUGUUUUUUUUGGUGCCAUUGAUAAUGAAAUUAUGUAAAUCAGUCUUGUUUUUCUCCUCCUGCAGGGCUGGAUAGAGACUUAAGUUCAGGUCAUUACAGCCUGAAACUGUAAAACUUAUGCUAGACGGUGCAAAGAUAUUAACGAGACACUGACGUGGACGGUUGUUGUUCUUCCGGCCACGUCUAAGUUCAGGGUAUUAAAGUCACUUCUAUUAAAGUUUACGCAGAAUCUCAGUUUACAGAAAGUUUCACGGUUCAACCAAAUUAGAGCUAAAUCUGAUUUUAAAUGUUUGUAGCGACUUUACUCACCGAGGACUCGUGUAAUAACUCCUCGCCUUGUUGACUUGCACUAUAAUGGCCUUGUUCAGUACAUGUAUGAUCAUCAAUAAAGGUUUCAGUAACUUAA